UGCGCUAGUGGCUUGGCGUAGAGCAUGUGGAGGCGAGGAACGAGUGAGGCAGGUGGGCUGUGGACCCUCUGCUCCUCUAGCGUUUCCAUGGACUCCGAUGGGUCUAUCAGGGAUGAGGAUGUGUCCCUGCGUGGACGUAUGAACGGUCAGCCACUCGUGUUGGGGAACACCAAAGUGAUGUAGCAUACGUGUAUCAUACCUGUCUUCUGCCAGAGCGCUAAGGGCAGGACUCACUGAGAGGAUUCCGUAGACCUCUAUGGUCUCAUUCAGUUUGAAACGAUCCCAGUCCUCGUAAACCUGCCACAAACAUUUGGACCUAUGAACUCCCGUUUGUCAAGAAUGAAAACAUAUCUUCUGGACCGCACAAAACUUUCUUUAAAGAAGAACAAGACAAUGGGUGGUCUAAUACAGGAAUCCCUCAUUUAUCACAGUUUAUUGGUUCCACAACCGACCAUGAUAAGUGAAUACCUGAUUGAUAAAGCCAACAUUUUCCUUCCUAGAGGAUAGAAACCCACUUUAUGGAUAAUAUACCUUGACUAAGCAUGAAGGGCCUUUCUCGCCUGGUAGAGGGAAGUUGAGGUCCAGAUACGUGGCAGAUGCCGUCUGGCCGGGAGAAGCUUCAGCCUCCUGCCGCCCAGCCUCCCCGGUGCCGUGGUCUUCCGGGGGAAUCUGGAGACCUGCAGGCAGGAGACAGGAGGGUUGAGCUUACUUUAGUUGCGGAUGAUUGAAAGAAACAAUACAUUGGAUUAAUAUACGGUAGUUAGAGAUGCAGGAUUAAAAUAGAGUGCAGCGAUAAAAGUAUAUCCUCGAAAUCAAUAUCCUGAAUAAACAAAUCAUGUGCUGUGAAAAACUAUGCAUGAUUUCAGACUAGCUUAUUAGUUGACAUGGAUGAAAUGGACACAAAAGAUCUCCAGUGAUCUUCACAAUGCACACUAUAUGGUCAUUAUAUGGUCACUAUAUGGUCAUUACAUGGUCCCUAUAUGGUCCCUAUACCAAGACCUACCUGGAUGAGGUUCCCUCUGUUUCUGUGGCUGAGUGUCCCCACCGUCCAUGUCGUCAUCAUCAUCUUCAUAGCUGCGCUUCUGUCUGCUCGGCACAUAGGAAGUGGACGGUUGCACUCUUGCUUGAGCCGAGCCACCAUAUCUGUGCAACAGAGUUAAGAAAAACUGGGCGGUAACAUAACAAAAGACAGACUGGUUGAUUGACACGCAUCACGCAGACAUGACAAGGAUAUGUCCUUCACCCAGGAGUUCUCACCAGGAACGGGUACACAAUAGAAAGUCUGUCUUUCAGCCGUCACAAUAUUUUUGGACUGAAAAUCCACCUGGAAGUGAAGACAACAGUCGUGGCUGGCAACAGCGGCGCCAUCGCAUCGGGGCUCGCGUGGGUUUGGGAUGGUAUCACGAUAGUGGACUUACCCCACAUUCCGCCACAUCUUUGUACUUCCCACACCUCAACACCUGAUGGAUUGCAACAAUAUGAGUGUCCCGUCUAAUACGCCGGGAAUAUUUGCACAAGCGGUUAGGAAUGCUGACUUUUGCUUGCGAUGAUGGAUCAAGCGUCUCGUACACUCCCAUGUAGAACUCCGGGUCAAACAUGUCCUGAAUGAAACAGCGAAACUUCACCAGGCUGUUGGGCUUCAGGUAGUGCAACGGGAUGUUGUUCAUGGAUGGGACCUUGAACGGGACACACAAUAGAUUAUUAUUAUUGUUGGAAGUUCAAAAAGGGAUCUCAGGGUUACCCAUGAUUGAGCAUCCUUCUCUUUUAGACGAUCUUUGAAGAAUUCCACCAAUUUUGCUUCCCAUCCAGAAUUUGGGUUGUUUUGAGAUGCAGCUGAAAUAGCAACAUAUUCUUAUUCAUUUUUCAGUUGUUGGUAAUCCAGCACUUAUCAUACACAGGGACAUGAAUAUUUAUCACCCACGAGUAAAAUGUAUGAAACCAUUUAAGUGUCUCAUGUGAAAACGGAAAAAUACGCACAGGAAGACAAUAUUCUCAAUAUGCACGAUGUAUAUACACCUCAUAAAUAUACUAACUACAGCGAUACAAUUCGAAUGGGUCCAUGAACGCCUCAUAAUGUAAACUGUCAGGUGUGCAGAGGGCGACCGUCAAAACUUAACUUGUUUACUCCAUGAAAGAUAACACGGUGUUAAUGAAGGUGAUCAUGGGCUAAAUUAAUCAGGAAAUGACUAAAUAUAACAAACAACAGGACGUUCGCUGUCACUAACAUGACGUGAUGGCCACGAGCCACCACGCUAGCCAACUCGACCCACGCGCACAGCUAGUGAAUAGUGAAGUUCCGGUACAUUUCUUACCGAACAUCUCUUCAACGACGCCCAGGGGGUUGUUCAUCCAGUCAUUUGGGGAAGGCAUCAUCUGGCCGAGAACGACGGAGAGGAUUCUACUGAUGUCGGUGAAGAAGACAGCUUUUUGGGUCAGACUUCUGGGAAUGUGCAAGCUCCCUCCACCUUCAGCUAUUUCUCCAACCCAGUAACCAGCAGUGACCCGUUUGCUUCUAUUGGACAACCACCAUGUCCGCCGCCAUCAUUGGCAGGCGCAUCCAUGACAACCGCAGCGGCGUCUGUUCCCAGCAGUGUUAAUAUGGCUCCUCCGCCACCUUCAAGUUCACAGCUGAACACGGCUCCUCCUGUCUUCGGCAGUACAGUAUAUCAGAGCCCGAUGGGACACCACACUCCUCCUCCCGGCACAAUGACCCCACCACCUCCACAGAUGCAGCAGCAUGGUCACAACCCGUAUCGACACACUGCCACCAGCAGCAAAGCCAGUCCUUAUAUUCCAGCUCCUGAGGUCCUACCACCAAGCCAGCCAUCACAACCCCAUCCCUACUCUGUCGGUUCAGGGCCACAAACAUUCCCCCCCUCAGGACCCGCAUUCACAAAGCCUCCCCCUGCUCACCUCCAGGUACCUCCACCUCCAGCCAACCCUUCUGGGGCAGUCGUCCCUGCCGGCCUGAGUGUGCAAUACAACUACAAUGUUUAUGAACCUGUUCAGCCUCACUGGUUCUACUGCAAGCUAGUGGAGUCAAAAAGUGUGUGGCUUCCUUUCAGCAUCAUCGACUCCCUCCAGCUUGAGGAGACGUAUAACUCCGUUCAACCAGACCCAGAAAAUGUGAUUGUGCGCACGGACGGAGGUCGUUUCGAUGUACAGCUCUAUGACCGCAUGCGGUCAGCUGUUUACUGGGAGGAGGAGCCUACAGAAGUGCGGCGCUGCACCUGGUUUUAUAAAGGGGACACAGAUAGUCGAUUUAUUCCUUACUCUGAGGAAUUCAGCGACAAGCUGGAGGCAGAAUACAAGAAAGCUGUAUCUACUAACCAAUGGCACCGUAGACUGGAAUUCCCAUCUGGAGAAACUAUCGUCAUGCACAACCCCAAGGUGAUAGUGCAGUUUCAACCCACCCCCUUGCCUGAUGAGUGGGCCACGACUCAGGACACGCAGACCCGGCCCAGGGUGGUGAAGAGAGGCAUCGAUGACGACCAUGAUCAAGUCCCUGAUGGCGAGCUCCCUGAUGUGGACCACCUUGUGUUCAUGGUUCACGGCAUUGGUCCCGUAUGUGACCUGAGGUUUCGGAGCAUGGUUGAGUGUGUGGAUGACUUCCGCAGCGUGUCACUGAAGCUGCUGCAGAGUCACUUUAAGAAAUCAUUGGAUGAUCUUGCCAUCAGCCGGGUGGAGUUCCUGCCGGUCCAGUGGCACACGUCUCUACAUGGAGAUGCCACAGGGGUGGACAGGAGAAUAAAGAAAAUCACUUUACCCAGCACUGGGCGCUUACGUCACUUUACGAAUGAGACCUUGUUGGACGUGCUCUUCUACAACAGUCCUACGUACUGCCAGACCAUCAUGGACACAGUUGCUUCAGAGAUUAACAGACUACAUGCCCUCUUCUUGGAGAGAAACCCACAUUACAAAGGAGCAGUAUCUGUGGCUGGACACAGUUUAGGAUCCCUUAUUCUCUUUGACUUGCUGUCGAAUCAGAAGACUGAUGAAAGCCCCCCCACUGUGCCCACUGUGAAUGGAGACACCAAACAGGUGUCAGCCCCAGCUCCACAGGCUGUCACCCCUCCAUGUGUAGAAGAGGAGCCCAAAGAGGAGAUGCAGGACUUGGAGGACCUUUCUGCUGUGCUGGAACAUCUUGGACUGUCUGAGUACAAGAGCACCUUUGAUGAGGAAAAGAUUGACAUUGAAUCCUUUCUCAUGUGUACAAUGGAGGACUUGAAGGAGAUGGGAAUCCCACUCGGCCCUCGGAAGAAAAUUGCCAAAUUUGUGAAAGAAAGAGUGGCUAAACAGGCGGCAGCUCAGGAGAAAAAACUGGAGGUCCAGGUGGCCAGUCAGGUUGUAGAGCCCCAACACGCUGCUCAGACUCUUCCUGAUCCUGGUGUGAAGAAGCUUCCGGUGGGCGUCUCCUCCAUCCAUGUAGACUACAACUACUUUGAAGUUGGCACCGGGCAGGUGUCGGUGGUCUACCAAAAUCUGGACUUCAGUCCAGUCAGUUUCUUUGCCUUGGGUUCACCAAUCGGCAUGUUCUUGACUGUCAGAGGCCUCGAGAAGAUUGAAGAGACCUAUCAGCUUCCAACGUGCAAAGGAUUCUUCAACAUUUACCAUCCGUUGGACCCAGUUGCAUACAGGAUCGAGCCCUUGAUUAUACCAGACGUGGAACUGAAGCCCGUUUUGAUACCACAUCACAAAGGAAGAAAAAGACUCCAUCUGGAGCUGAAAGAGAGUCUCUCCAGGAUGGGCUCAGACCUGAAGCACGGUUUCAUCAGCUCGCUGAGGAGCGCCUGGCAGACGCUCAACGACUUCGCUCGCGCCCACACGUCGUCUGCUCAGCUUCAGGCAGAGCUGGCCAUGGUGGCCAAUCAGAUCGAGGAGCAGGAGAAGCGAGCGCAGGAAGUUUCCGAGCAAAAAGCCCUGGAAAUGCCCGAGCCACCCAAGGAAGAGGAGCCUCAGGUGCGGAUCGGGAUGCUGAAUGGGGGGAACCGCAUCGACUUUGUCCUGCAGGAGAAGCCCAUUGAGAGUUUCAACGAGUACCUGUUUGCUCUCCAGAGCCAUCUCUGCUACUGGCAAUCUGAAGACACGGCUCUGCUUAUCCUCAAGGAGAUCUACAAGAGCAUGGGGGUCCAGCCGGAACACGUGGUACAUUAGCACAACUAAGGUUUACUUCCUUUAUUCAUUUCCUCAUGUCGUUUAUUCUACACAAAUGUAUAAUACAAUUGUAUUAUUCAUUUCCUCAUGUCGUUUAUUCUACACAAAUGUAUAAUACAAUUGUAUUAUUCA